AUGUCUGGACAACCUACUCAGAGAAACACGGGAAAAUACGGUGUGAGCGAGUUGGCAUGGAAUUAUGAUACGUUACCUGUAUAUUGCAGCGGAUUUGGCUUUUUAAUGUCCAAAUUUGUUAGAGAUCGACUAUAUCGAGCAUCAUUACAUUAUCCAAUAGAAAAUGUUGCUUGGGUUGGUGAUGUGUUUGUAUCCGGAUUUCUUGCAGGUGCCGGUGCGGUCAGAUGCGGUGGGUGGAAUUUAGAUUAUGCUCAAGUUGGCAGUGGUUGUCCUGAUCUGUUUAAGAAACCACAAAUGCUCGUUUGUAGCACACCAAUGCAUAUUGGUCAAAAUAAAUAUUGUGAAUACGGGAAAAUAUGGGACACCAUUAUGCGGAGGCAUGGAUCAGCAGAUCAUUCCUCAGGUGAUAAUAUAAGGGUCACCCGUGGAAAUUUGUCGGAAAGUUCUGAAAGUUCAAAUGAUUAUUUACUAAACACAACAAAUGAUGAGAAUGAAAAUGAAACACCUAUUCAACGUUUACAACGAUUACAAUCAUCUUAUUCAAAUUAUAACGAAAGAAAAGAUGCCGUAAAAUAUAUACUUGAUGCAUUGCGUAUGGUGCAAAAUGAGGAAAACUUAUGUACAAUAUUACAGUGUACUAAAAGGCUCGCCGAUGAUAUUGUAACCCAAGUUCAGAUCGACGCAUUGGAGAAUUUUGUUCCUGUUUUGGAGUGCUUAGCACAAACGGUUGAAAAUUCCGAAGUUCUUGUUAGAGAAUAUUUAUUUCAGUCAAUUAUUCAAACAUUGGAACAUGCAAAUAACAGAGUUCGCAAAGCUAGUCAAGCUGCUUUAAUUCGAAUAUUUGAAUUAGAACAAAUCAAUCAAGAAGAAAUUGAACAAGAUGUAAUACCAGCAUUAGUGAAUUUAAAUCGUGCAUCUGAUGAGUACAAAAAUGAAGCUAUUAUGCUAAUGGGUCGUUUAGCUCAAUAUGUUGGCUCUGAAUUAACAUUAAAACAUUUUGUUCCAGCAGUUACCCAAUUAUGUUCAGCAAUUGCGUUUCAAACACGAAAAGUUCCUUGUAUAGAACACUUAUGUUCGGAUGCAUUUUGGGGUGUCCGUAAAGGUUGUGCUGAGGUAUUACAUCCUUUGGCCACGUUGUUACAAGACCAAUCAAGAUGGGUCAAAACAGCAGCUUUGAGAGUUUUAGGCUACUUUAUAUCUACAUUUCAUGAUCCAAAUAGAGUAGUUAGUGUUGCAAAAUCUUCUACAACAACAUCUUCAGUUUCAAAGCAAUUAAAUGAUCUAUGUCAAGACUUAAAAGAUGAAAGUAUAUCAGAUACGUAUAAUGAUUUCCAGUAUUGGAGAAUAGAACCAAAAACUAAGAUUGAUGAGCCUGAACAAAAUAAUGAAUCAACCGGUGAUUUUGAUAACAGUGAAAUUAUGGAUAAUACAAGUUUACCACGAAAACAGUCUUUAUUAGAAGCCUCAAAAUCAUUUGAUCAAGAUAAUAUAAACAAUAUAUUACCUCUGAGUUUAUUAGAUUUUUACACAUCGAUAAUUGAACAAUCAUAUAACAGUGGUGUUGAAACAGAUAUCGUUCAUCAAGGUGCUCAUACAUUUCCGGCUGUAGCAUUGACAGUAACACAUAAAAAUUGGAAUCUAAUCAAGGAUACACAUCGGAAGUUGUCAGAAGAUUUACAGUGGAAAGUUCGACGAACUUUAGCCUACUCAUUACAUGAAUUAGCUAAAAUUUUAACACAAGAUCAAACUGAACAAGAUUUGUGUCCAAUAUUCGAUUCAUUUCUAAGAGAUGUUGAUGAAGUUAAAAUUGGAAUUAUUACUUAUCUAGCAGAGUUCUUUAAAUUACUUCGUCAGUCGACGCGAAAUCAAUAUUUGGAAAAAUUAACCUAUUUAACAUCUGUUGAUAAUCAGAGAAAUUGGAGAUUUAGAUCCGAAGGUGCAAUACAAUUGCAGCAAUUGUGUUCAUUAUAUGAUUCAUGUGAUAUUAGCAAUUACAUCUUACCAUUGGCGUUUUCGUUAUCUGUUGAUAAAGUUCACGAUGUACGACGAGAGUCAAUUAAAGCUCUAGCAUCAUGUUACGAUAGAUUUAGUCAAACGAAAUCACAAGAACAAUGUGAAAUAUUUAUUGAAGAUAGUCAAAGAGUAUUUGCGCAAUCAACAGAAUGGAGAUUUAGACAAGCAUAUGUUCAUUUAUGUCAAGAGAUCGUUGAACGUCGAUGUGAAACGCCACAGCAGUUUGCUUUGAGAUUUUUAGAAGCCUUAUUACAGCUAAAGCAUGAUCAAGUUGUCAAUGUACGAUUAACAUUAGCGCAAUUUUUACUAUCACAUUUAACAAAUAAUUCAGAUUAUUAUUCUUACUUACCUGAUCAUUGGCGAAAUCAAGUUAGUGAAGCAAUUCAGUUAUUACAAAAUGAUCCUGAGAGAGAUGUGAGAAUAUGUGUUGGUGGUUUGUAUGAACAAUUACCACCACCGGAUUUAAUCCAGCAAGCAACGUCAUCAACGACGACAAAUUCUAUGGAAAACCAAAAUAAAAUAGAUAAAAAUGAGCAAGAAGAUGGAACGAAUGAACAAAAAACAUCAAUAUCAUCUUCGUCAACGAAUAACAAUCAAAAUUUUAUCAAGAUUUUUUGA